UGUGAGCUGCCCGGCCGGGGGGGCAAGAUGGCGGCGGUAAUAGGGGUCCGCGGCCGGUUCGAGCGGCUCCUUCGCUCCGGCCCAGGUUGGCUUCUCAUCCUUUCCGCUAUGCUGAGCAUGAUGACUCGAGGGGCCUUGGCCACUACGCACUGGGUCGUCACGGAGGACGGGAAGAUCCAACAGCAGGUGGACUCACCAAUGAACUUGAAGCAUCCACAUGACUUAGUCAUAUUAAUGAGACAAGAAACAACAGUUAACUACCUCAAAGAGUUAGAGAAACAAUUAGUUGCUCAAAAAAUUCACAUAGAAGAGAACGAGGACAGAGACACAGGACUGGAGCAGAGACACAAUAAGGAGGAUCCUGACUGCAUCAAGGCCAAGGUGCCCUUGGGAGACCUGGACCUGUACGAUGGCACGUACAUAACUUUGGAGAGCAAGGACAUCAGGCCUGAGGACUUCAUAGACACAGAGUCUCCCGUCCCUCCAGACCCAGAGCAGCCUGACUGCACUGAAAUUUUAGAGCUUCCAUAUAGUAUACAUGCUUUCCAGCACUUACGGGGUGUACAAGAGAGAGUUAAUCUAUCUGCCCCUCUCUUACCUAAAGAAGAUCCAAUCUUCACAUAUUUAUCUAAGCGCUUAGGAAGAAGUAUCGACGACAUAGGUCACCUCAUUCAUGAAGGCCUACAGAAGAACUCUUCUUCCUGGGUACUGUAUAACCUGGCUUCGUUUUACUGGAGAAUAAAAAAUGAGCCAUAUCAGGUAGUCGAAUGUGCCAUGCGAGCGCUUCACUUCUCUUCUAGGCACAAUAAAGACAUUGCUCUGGUCAAUUUGGCCAAUGUUCUACACAGAGCUCAUUUCUCGGCUGAUGCUGCUGUCGUGGUCCAUGCAGCUCUGGAUGACAGUGACUUCUUCACCAGCUAUUACACACUGGGGAACAUAUAUGCAAUGCUCGGCGAAUAUAACCACUCGGUGCUCUGUUACGACCACGCUUUGCAGGCCAAACCUGGGUUUGAGCAAGCUAUUAAGAGGAAGCAUGCUGUCCUGUGUCAGCAGAAACUGGAGCAGAAGCUAGAGGCCCAGCAUAGGUCCCUGCAGAGGACCCUGAGCGAGCUGAAGGAGUACCAGAAGCAGCACGACCACUACCUGAGGCAGCAGGAGCUCCUCGAGAAGCACAAGCUCAUGCAGGAGGAGCAGAUCCUGCGGAACAUCAUCCACGAGACUCAGAUGGCGAAAGAGGCACAGCUGGGAAACCAUCAGAUAUGCCGCCUGGUGAACCAGCAGCAUAGUUUACACUGCCAGUGGGACCAACCUGUGCGCUACCAUCGAGGAGAUAUCUUUGAAAAUGUGGACUAUGUUCAGUUUGGUGAUGAUUCAUCAACCUCCAGUAUGAUGUCUGUGAACUUCGAUGUCCCUACGAAUCAGAGUGAUGUCAGUGACUCUAUCAAGUCUUCUCCUGUAGCCCAUUCUGUUCUCUGGGUCUGGGGCCGUGACUCUGAUGCAUACAGGGACAAACAACAUAUUCUUUGGCCUAAAAGAGCAGAUUGUACAGACAGCUAUCCCAGAGUUCCUCUUGGUGGGGAAUUGCCAACGUAUUUUCUGCCUCCGGAGAACAAAGGACUCAGGAUCCACGAACUGACCAGUGAUGAUUAUUCUUCAGAAGAGGAGGCCCAAACCCCUGACUGUUCCAUAACUGACUUCAGAAAAAGCCACACUCUGUCCUACUUAGUCAAAGAAUUAGAGGUCCGCAUGGAUCUGAAAGCCAAAAUACCCGAUGACCAUGCACGCAAAAUUUUACUUUCCCGUAUUAAAAACUAUACUGUCCCAGAGGAAGAAAUCGGGUCUUUCCUAUUUCAUGCUAUUAACAAGCCAAAUGCUCCUGUCUGGCUCAUUCUGAACGAAGCAGGACUGUACUGGAGAGCGGUAGGAAACAGCACUUUCGCUAUCGCCUGCCUUCAGAGGGCGUUGAACUUAGCUCCGCUUCAGUACCAGGACAUUCCUCUUGUCAACCUGGCCAACCUUUUGAUUCAUUAUGGCCUUCAUCUGGAUGCCACUAAGCUGCUCCUGCAAGCCCUGGCCGUCAACAGCUCCGAGCCCCUGACCUUUUUGAGCCUGGGAAAUGCUUACCUUGCUCUGAAGAAUGUCAGCGGGGCACUUGAAGCCUUCAGACGGGCCUUGCAGCUAACGACUGAGUGCCCCGAGUGUGAGAGCAGCCUGAAGCUGAUCCGCUGCAUGCAGUUUUACCCUCUUCUGUACAACACCACCUCUUCCGUGUGUAGUGGUCAUUGUCAUGAGAAAACCCUGGACAACAGCCAUGACAAACAGAAAUAUUUUGACAACCCACAGUCACUGGAUGCUGCUGAAGAAGAGCCCUCUGAACGAGGAGCAGAGGAGGACCCUGGGCAUUCUGUUGAGAACUCAGGGAGGGACUCCGAUGCCCUUAGACUUGAAAGCACUGUGGUCGAGGAGAGCAAUGGUUCUGACGAGGUGGAGAAGUCAGACGAAACAAAGAUGUCUGAAGAGAUACUGGCUUUGGUGGAUGAGUUUCAGCAGGCCUGGCCUCUGGAAGGCUUUGGGGGAGCACUGGAAAUGAAGGGGCGGCGUCUGGACCUGCAGGGAAUACGGGUACUAAAGAAAGGCCCCCAGGAUGGAGUAGCCAAGAGCUCUUGUUAUGGAGACUGCAGAAGUGAAGAUGAUGAAGCAACAGAAUGGAUCACAUUCCAGGUCAAACGUGUAAAGAAACCAAAAGGGGAUCAUAAAAAGCCUCCCGUGAAAAAAGUAGAGUCAAAUCAAGCAGAAAAUGGACAACGUUACCAAGCAAACUUAGAGAUCACUGGCCCAAAGGUGGCGUCUCCUGGGCCCCAGGGAAAAAAACGUGACUACCAGCGUCUGGGGUGGCCCAGUCCAGAUGAGUGCCUCAAACUCCGCUGGGUAGAGCUAACUGCCAUUGUAAGCACCUGGUUGGCAGUUUCUUCGAAAAACAUUGACAUCACAGAACACAUAGACUUUGCCACACCCAUACAGCAGCCAGCAAUGGAACCGCUGUGCAAUGGUAAUCUCCCUACGAGCAUGCACACCCUGGACCACCUACAUGGAGUGUCCAACAGAGCCAGCCUGCACUACACGGGUGAAAGCCAGCUAACAGAGGUACUGCAGAAUCUUGGCAAGGACCAGUAUCCACAACAGUCACUUGAACAGAUCGGCACCCGAAUCGCCAAAGUUUUGGAAAAAAAUCAGACAUCAUGGGUCCUUUCCAGCAUGGCAGCCCUCUACUGGAGAGUGAAAGGGCAGGGGAAAAAGGCCAUUGACUGCCUGCGCCAGGCCCUCCACUAUGCUCCCCACCAGAUGAAGGAUGUGCCCCUCAUCAGCCUGGCCAACAUCCUACAUAAUGCCAAACUCUGGAACGAUGCCGUCAUAGUGGCCACCAUGGCCGUGGAGAUCGCGCCACACUUUGCUGUGAACCAUUUCACUCUGGGCAACGUCUAUGUGGCAAUGGAAGAAUUUGAGAAGGCCCUGGUUUGGUACGAGUCAACGCUGAAACUGCAACCAGAGUUCGUGCCUGCCAAGAACCGAAUCCAGACUAUCCAGUGCCACCUAAUGCUGAAGAAGGGCCGGCGUUCCCCCUAGACCACCCCUUGCCUUCCCUCAGCUCUCCCAGCCACAGUCAGAGCAGAACCCCAUCAUAUCGGUACCCACGUGAAUGAUGUGUGUGAAUUGCCAAGUAAGACAUAGCAGGACUUGGCUGUGCGGGGCUGGGUCUACCUGGUUUUUAUGUUCCUCCUCCCCAGCCACCCUCAGAAGAGGCAUCUUUAGAAACACAGUUUCCCAGACACUGUAAAUACUGAGCCGGGAAAAACUCAGAGCUCCACUCUGUCUUCAAAACCUCCAUGCCUUCAAGGCUCCUCUGUGGUCUGACCUCUUCCCUGGGGAGGCCAGGGCCACACUGCCCAUUCUCUGCUUCCUGUGUAGCCUCUGUUGUCCCUGGAAUCGCAAUGCCACCUGGGGCCAGUCAGUGAGAAGCCUGGAUCCUCCGUGUCCCCCAC